ACCUCCUCUCCUCAGGCUUCCCUUCCCCUUCCAACAAGAGCUUAGGUACUUCAUUUUCUCCUCCAAGAUUUAGUCCCUUUUCACCCAGCUCCAAGUCAUGCAGCCUAGUGAGGUUUCAGGGCUCCAAUAUCUAGUUCCUUCCAAUCCAUCCCCAUAUUCAGCACAUUUUACCAUGAAUCAGAGCAAGGAACCUGCAUUUGAGUUGAACAGAUUCUCAAAUCCCAUGUAUAAUUUCUAUAUCCCUCCUCAACUUAACGAAAUCAGUCCCCAUUCAUCAUGUAUUAGCAGCAACUCAACCUCUGAUGAAGCAGAUGAGCAACAAUUAUGUCUCAUCAAUGAGAGAAAGCAAAGAAGGAUGAUAUCUAACAGAGAGUCUGCACGUAGAUCACGUAUGCGUAAACAAAGGCACCUGGAUGAGCUAUGUUCGCUGUUCGUUUGGCUCAGGAACGAGAACCACCAGCUUAUAGAUAAGCUGAACCAUAUUUCAGAAAGCCAUGACAAGGUUCUUCAAGAAAAUGCUCAGCUCAAAGAGGAAGCCUCUGAACUUCGUCAGAUGCUGUCUGAUAUGCAACUGAGUAGCCCGUACUCAACUUUGAGAGACCUGGAAGAUGCUACCCUGGAACAUGGUUUAUCUGACAACUGAGUCCUAAACCUGUUCACAAAUUUAUCUAUUUGCUAGGCUAAGAAAGAGGCAACGGUCCUAUUUUUCCGUUUUCCGUUUUGGGUCUUCUGUUAGGUGGAAGUCAAACCAGUCUGUGCCUAGCUUUAAGAUGUUCGAGAUUAAGGCAACGAGAAUAACAUGUUUUUAGCAUUUCAUUUUAAAUCUCAUCUAGAACAGCUUUCUUGUUGUUCUUUAAAUUAUCCAAAAAAAGAAAAAAAAAAGGAAAAUGUUACUCUAAUAAGUGUUAAAUUAUGAGACAAACACUUAUAUUGUGAUA